AGCCCAUAUCUGUCACAAACAUGUGUGCGAACUUCGACGACUUGCCCUUGUUUGUACGGAUGUUUCACCAAAGAAAGAUUAUUUACAGAGUUGGAGCUGUCUGGUCACCAUGAAUAGCUGAAUAGUGAUGGCCCUGUCUCAAGUUUGCAUUGAAAUAUUGGAGUGCUUAUUGACACAUAGAGCAGCAUUCACAUCCAGUGGGCGGUCUGUUCAUGAUGAAGUACUGAAUGUGAGAGUCAACAGAAGGCAGGACAAGACUCCAUGCAAUGUUGUGAACUUUAUUGCUGAGGGAGCAUGGACGAGUUUGCUGUCAUGUGAAGGUGUCAUAGAUGAUUGUCCAAGUUUGGCAUCGGUUCUCAGUGAGGAUCUUCACAAUUCUGUAGCAGAGACUAAAGCACGUGAUGGCGCUUCCCGUAUGAGAUACAUAGCGGUGAACCAAUCCAAAGAGGAUACGUACACUGUUACCAUGGAAAACGGAGGACUCGAUAUUAUCCAUGAGGGAGCUUGUUCAGCUGUACAGAACACUUGGUCUGAAGUCACCAUCACAUUAGAAUGUUCUAGUACGGUGGUGGAGCUCUCAAAGUGCGCUAUGGAUGUCAGGAAUUUCUUGUUCAAGUUCAAGUUGGUUCAUCCCUCGAUUUCAGUUGGUCUUUCUUCAACAUCUGAUGAGCUUCUCUUGUAUAAUUUUGGGGAAGAACAAUUUGAAUCUGCUUCCGUUUGCCAUGGUAUAAACAUGAUCACCGACCCACGAUAUUUCAUAAUCUCUGACGGUGUGGAGGGUGCCCCAUGUCAUCACCUUAGCCCAGUAUCAGAGGGGAGUUUUGUCUUCCUCUCCCCCUCCCUCAGCACCAGUGAGUCACCCCUGUCACUCAGGUGUGUUGCAGUAGCGACCCUCGUUCCUCCACCGUCACGACCGUCAGCGCCGCUCCUGCAGGCCCAGGCCGUCACCCCAUCGCAGCUAUGGCUCAGCGUGUACGGGCCGGGAAGUUUCCCAUUAGCUCAUCCUGCUUGGAGCCCGAUGGAGACUCAGCUUAAUCUAAAGCAUCUUGUGAAGUGGGAAGACUUGGGCUUAGCCCUGGCCGGCGGAGAGUUGGAGGCGGGGCCUGGCUCCCUGAACCUGCCAAUCAGAGACUGCUUCAAACCUGACCUGCAAGCUUUUUUCUGUGGAUGUACCAAGCCCUGUGAACCUUCCCACAUCAUCCACUUGAUGCUGUUCUUGAAGGAGAACUUCAAGGGAUGUGCGAUGACUGCUCCAAACAGGCUAGCUCUGUUGAAUCGGGUGCGGCAGGAGUUUCCUCGCAUCUGUGCCCAACAACUCUCCAGGAUCCAGAAGAUUAUUCAUGACACAUUAGCCAAGCUUCUCGGUUCAUCUCGACCAGCCAGGAAAGAUAGAGCAGCCAUCAUGAAAUCUGCUGUGCCCUCAAUCAAGUCAUCUCUACAUAAAAUCAUUAGCCACAGUACAAAUGAUGCAUUUAGACGGAGGUGCUUGGAUGCUGUGCAGGCCUCCAACUGCCUUGAAUUGACUGACAGACUCUCCAGACAUCUCAAUGCAUUGUGUGAGAGACAGACCCCUGGUCACCAAGGGAAUGAUCAUUCUCAGAGUGCAGUCGACAGCCAGCGCCAAUUUCCUUGUGAGGGUGAUGAUGAGGAUGGGGGCAGGGUCCCAUCGGAUGACUCCAAUCUUGCCUCCUCCUCCUCUGCCUUCUCCUCUUGGAUGCCCCAUCACCAAGAAACUGCUGCUCGAGAUACGCUCUUGACAGAGGAGAGUGAAGAGGAUGCAGACUUUGAUCUCCUGGAUGAGACAAGACUUCAACAUUGCGAUUCCAUGGAAGUGAACCAAGACGACAUUCCUGCGCUCUGUUCAGUGCCCCGCCCUUCAUCAUGUCCUCAACGUAACCAGGACCAAUCAUCCCCCUUCGUGUCAACCCUACCAGUCAAUCCAUCCUCGACGCUACCCUCCUUGUCUGCAUCAAGUCGGCUUCUUCCUUCAUCAUCUGCACAAGCGAAAAAACAAGCUAGACCUUCAGCAUCAAACCAGUCGACUUCAUGCUCAUCUUCAUCGCUACCACCAGGUUCUUCAUCCCAUGUUCAGCCAUGUGAGGGUAUCCCUUACCAUGGUAACAUGACUGCAGAUGGGAUGGAUGCUUCAUCAGGGAGACCUGAUGCAGGGCCAGCCCAUGGUGAUGAGCAGAAGAGGAACAAGGUCCAAGACAAUGAUGUGCAGAUGAUGCAAGAGAGCCUGUCUGGCGAGCUGGGUAACGACUGGUUUGAGACGCUGAUGGAUCAUGAUGACUGGAUGAGUAAUGAGAUCUGAUGGGACGGAUAGCAGACACCUUGACAGACCCACGGUGUGUGUCAAUCAACUUCCACAGACAUCUUUUAGUCAUUGCCGAAUCUUCUGUGUAUGGCAAUCGGCUGCUGCUGAAGACAUAUUUUUUAGUCAUUCCAUCUCCGCUGGGUCUCGGCACCUGCACAAUAGACAGAUUCGGACUAGCCGUAGAGAAAAUGGGAAAAGGUAUUCCACUCCACCCCCCCCCCCCCCCCCCUUGACGGCUCUCUUCACUGUGUACAGUUAGCACUUUCCAAAUAAAUCUUGAAGUCAUUCACUUGUUAGAUCUGUUUUCGUUAGACUCGGACAAGAAGGAUGGCUAAAAGGCCAGUGGGAUAGUAACCUGAAAACCAUCAUGCUGUAUCUCUGUACAGCAUUGAGCUUCCAAAGACAUCUGGUAAGUUAUGCCUAGUUUUGCUAGGUCUUAGCACAGAAGACUCGAGACAUGGAGGUACAGGAUAGAUAAUAGGCUAGAUGACCAGGGCCCUGUUUCACAAAACUUGAUAUCGAUAACAAGUUACAAGCUACUGUGACAAGCUUCUGAUUCAUGGCAUCUGAUUGGCUGAGAGCUAAUUUGUCAUAGAAAUUUAGCAUUUUGUUAAAGAUGAAAAGUUUUAUGAAACAGGACCCAGUAUCCUGGAAACCCUCUUUUAAUCAUUCACUCGAUGGGUCACCGUUCAGGAGUCAGCUUCUUCUGGAGACAUCUUUUAGUCAUCCCCUUGCUGCUGGGUCUAUGUCCAACAGACCCGUCCAAGAGGGAUGGCUCAAAGGCCAAAUACACAGUAUCCUGGACACCAUCUUUCUGGAUCUCUGUACAUCAAGCAGUCUGCAUCUGAAGCCAUUUUCAGUCAUUCCCUCGCGGGGUUCUGUACAAGAGACCCAAGACAUGGAGAAAUGGAUGAGCAAACAAAAAUGCCAGUGGAGCAGAAGUCUGAAAAUCAUCUUUCAGUCAUUCCCUUGUUGGGUCUCUGUACAGCAAUCAGCUUCCAAAGACAUCUUUCAAUCAUACACUCCUCGUUGGGUCUCUGCUCAACAGAUUCGAACAAGGAGGGAUGGAUGAAAGGGUAGUAGUCUGGAAAGUAUUCUUAAUAUCCCAGUCACAUCAAUGAGACAAAAUUACAUUACGCCCAAAUGCAAAGAUUCUGUCAGUUAUCUGUAGGUAUGAAUUCAGUUUUGGGGGUCGAUAAUUAUUAUCUUUUUCUCAGGUAUACAAAAUUGAAUUAAAUUGUAGUGAGAAAUCUUUUUGAUUGAAACUGUGUUGUUCAUUUACUGUUGUUGGUUAAUGUUUGUGCCAUGAUAGUUUUGCAGUCCACCAAAUUUUGAUCUUCCUAGAAUGCAAAUAAAAAAUAUUUCGUAUCCAAUAUUGGAAAUUGAUUGUGUGAUUGUGUCUGGGUGUUUUUCCUUUGUCUAGUUGUUGUACAGUAUCUUUGAAACGUAUAUUUUAAUAUGAAAUCAUAAUAUAUUUAGAAAUAAAAUGUGUAUGUCAUUUGAAUAUUGGACACUUCCUAUUUAUUUGUUAUACGAAUAAACAUGUGGAUGACUCACAAUGAUAAAUCUA